CUCCGCGGUAACCAGCAUGCUUUGCGUAGGCGGCAUUUUUCAAGAUGGCGGCCAAUAUCGUUUAUUUUUGAGUUAAUUGCUCUAAAAUUUAGAGAUUUUAGCCCCCUCUUGUCAAUUUAACCAGCAUCCUGGCCAUCGAGAAACGUGACAAAGCUUCCUGGAGAAGUAUAAGAGAAUUUGUAGGUUGUGGGAUCGCUGUUUUAAUGCUGUCGCGACGUUGAAAGGAGUGGGUUCAUUUGCAGAGAAAAAUUUGUGAUUUUUUCAAACGUAAGGUUGACUUGGCUAAAACAACAUCGUGAAAAAUCAGAAUGGAGAAGUACCAAAAAGUCAAGCGAAUCGGGGAAGGUUCCUUCGGGAAGGCGCUGUUGGUCAGAAACAAGAAGGAUGGCAAGCAGUAUGUGAUCAAAGAAAUUAGUAUAACAAAGAUGUCACCAAAGGAAAGACAAGAGGCAAGGAGAGAGGUGACAGUGCUGUCCAAGAUGAAGCAUACAAACAUUGUUUCAUAUCAGGAGUCAUUUGAAGAGGUUGGAAACCUGUACAUAGUGAUGGACUUCUGUGAUGGAGGAGACCUUUAUCAGAGGAUCAAUGCACAGAGGGGGAUUCUCUUCCCAGAAGAUCAGGUGAUGAACUGGUUCGUACAGCUGUGCUUGGCCCUGAAACAUGUGCACGACAGAAAGAUCUUACACAGAGACAUCAAGUCACAGAACAUCUUCCUCAUGAGAGAUGGGACUAUCAAGCUGGGAGACUUUGGGAUUGCAAGAGUUCUCAACAACACCAUGGAGCUUGCUAGAACAUGUAUAGGAACUCCCUAUUACCUGUCUCCAGAGAUGUGUGAGAACAGACCCUACAACAAUAAAAGUGAUAUAUGGGCAUUAGGCUGUGUACUGUAUGAGAUGUGCACUCUCAAACAUGCCUUUGAAGCUGGAAACAUGAAGAAUCUGGUCUUGAAGAUAAUCAGGGGUUCCUACCCUCCUGUCAGCCCACGGUACACAUACGAGCUGCGGAACCUGGUCGCACAACUCUUCAAGAGGAAUCCAAGGGAUCGUCCGUCCAUCAACAGUAUCCUGAGGAAGAACUUCAUCUCCAAGAGAAUAGAAAAAUUCCUGUCUCAAGCGGAAUUUCAAGAGGAAUUCAGCCACACAGUUCUGCACAAGCAGCAUCCUCUAGCAGCUAAACCUCCUGUCAGACCAGCUGUAAAGCCUGUAGUGGCUGGCCCACGUAUCAGCGACCCUGCUGCGAAGUACGGAGUCCCCCUGGGUGGCAAAAAGCAACAGGCAGGAGCCAGAAAAUCUGGAGACAAUGUAAGAAGGCUGAGUGCUGCUGAGGAACGACAAAGGGAGCUGGAGAGGAAACGUAAGGAGUUGGUAGAGAGGGAGGCGCGACGACGCCAAAAGGUCAAAGAGCAAGAGGAGAGGGUACGCCAACACCAGCAGAAACUCUCCGAAAAACGAAGGAUGGAACAGAUCAACCAGGCGAGAGAACAGGGGUGGCGUUUCACCCUGCUAGGCUCUAAUGAGAACAAACCGUCUGAGGAGAACAAGGACAAUCAGGACGAUAAGAAGAAGAAACCCUCUGCCGCUGCUGCAGGGGGUCCAGUCUUAAAGAAACCACUAGGCCCUAAGCCCCUCAGGGAUCGGGGUAACUAUGAGGAGUACCACGCCUACCUGGACAAGUUGGAGAAGCAGCAGAAGGAAUCACAAUUUGAACCUAAGGUAGCCCCUGCCGUGAAACCGUAUGAAGGUUGGCCAGACAAGAACGCUGUGCGGCGAGAGCUUGAGCGUGGCGCGGCUCUGGCACAGGACCGUGCACGUCAGGGAGAGGUGGACAAGUUGCUCGGCGCCCAGGCGGCAGACAGAGGCAGGGUUGUGGAGGAGUUCCUACAGCGGAAGCGACAAGCUGCCAUGAACAAGGCUCGUGGGCAGUCUGAGUGGGCCAGACCAGUGUCUGCAGGGGUGGGCAGGGCAGACCAACCAGGAGAGGGCCAGAAGCGCCCGUGGUCUGCAGUAGAGGGGCGUAACCAGCAGGAGCAGGAGUACCUGGCCAGACUCAGGCAGAUCAGGCUGCAGAACUUCAACGAGCGCAGAGCCCUGGCCGGGGGCGCACCCGCAGCCACACCUGUGUCGGCUGUACCCGACCCUCGAUUUGAUGUUGACGCAAGAAGAAAAAAGAUAGAGGCAUUAAGGGCCCAGGCAGACCAGAGAGCUCAGCAGCUGAAAGAACAGCUAGAGAAGAAGAGAAGAGAUGCAGCAGAGAAGGAAAGAAGGUCCAGAGCCCAACCAAAGGACAGGCCAGAAAACAGGGCUGUACCCUACAAUGUACCACCAAAGAUUCCUGAAGCAUUCAAGGGACCAGUGGUUGGGCUCACUGCUGCAUUGGAGAAUGUUGGAGCGGGAGAUGUGAAGGAGUCUCCAGCCGAGGAGAACGUCUCCCCCCUGAAGAAGGAGAAAGAGAAGAUUCUGAAGCGACUGAACCUGAACCCCCCUGACGGUUCUGACGAGAACGGGGGGGACAGGAGGAAGUGGGGGGCGGGGCCAGCCAAGCCUGUCAGCCCGCUGGUGGGCAUGACUCUGGAGCAGACAGCCUCACACAUGGAGGCCACCAGUGCAGAAGACAAGGUGCUGGUGUUUAACAAAGCCGGUGGAGCAGAGAGGAAGAAGUGGGGACAGCCUGACCCCGCCGCGGUCGCGAAGGAUGACAACCGUAAGCGCUGGGGAGGGCCGGCGAACACGGCACUGCGUGUGCUACAGGAGGCUGAGCUGAACGAGGACACCAUGGCACUGUUAGAGGGGUACCAGGGGGAGCUGGAGGAACAGGAGAGUAAGGAGGAGAAGAAGGGCAUCAAGUUUACCAUCCCAUUGGGGAAGGGUGAGGACAAGCCGGACGGCUCAGCUCCCUCCAAGUCUCCUCUUGUGGGCACCCACGUGGUGAAGCCCAAGACGCCUGCUGGCAAGGCUACCAUCACAAUACAGGAGCCCGAGAAGGCUGCCAGCCCCAUUGGCAAGACUAUCACCAUCAAGCAGGCAGGAACUACAGAUGAUGACGGGGUAGAGGUGGUCUCCACAGAGGAAGGUACAAAAACUGAGGGACCUAAACCUGAGGACAGCCCUCCUAAGACCAAGGGGGCAUGGGCUGGCGGGGAUGAAACUGACAGUAAAGACAAGUCUGAGGCUCUCCCCACCCCUGCUGACGAUGGUAAGACCCGACACUCCCCGCGGCCAAAGUCGGCCAGCCCCAGGCCAACCUCCCCAAUGGUCAAGCCCGACACCUCCCCACGCCCCAAAUCUGCCAGCCCCAAGUCUGCGGUCAGCAGCCCCACACAGGAGGACAAACCCACCCCCACCCCUGGGGAAGAGGAGGUGAAAACCCCCACCAAGGAUGACAAGGAAGGGACUGCUCCAAGGGCAAAGUCUGUCAGUCCUAGGGUCGUCACUCCCACUCAAGAUACAAAACCUCUGUUCACCAAAGUGCAACCCAAGGAGCAGCAAGAACAAAAACCCCAAGAAGAGGAUGACUUGCAACUUGAGGAAGUGUCCUUUUAUGCCACAGCAAAAGGAGCAGGGAUUCUGGAAGGGCUGUCCACUGGAUGUUUUGAUUCCCCAAAUGUCAAGAUGUUGAGGACCUGCUCCAUGCCUGACCUGAGCAGCCUGUUUAAGACAGACCUCGCUCUCAACCCGUUCUUCGACGAGAUGCACGCCCACGCGUCUGUCCGUGCGUCGCUGGGACUCGGUGAUGUCGGCACGCCGCUCGGAGAGGACCAUCGUCUGUCCAUGGACGACGCAGACGACGAGGCAGAGGGAGAGGAGAAACCAGAAGGUGAAGAGAAGGAGCUGAGUGAUGAAGGGGAGGACCUAACGGACUACUACAAGAUGAAGGAGUCCAUGGAAAACCUACUGGAGGACAGCACAAGCGGAGAGGAGGGUGGUGACGAGGCGGAGGACACGGCUGACAACAUGGAUGAGAAGGACGUGGACACGACAGAGACCGACGCGGCGGUGGGAGCAGAGGGAGGGGAGGAGGACGAUGACUCAGCAGAACCACUGAAUGAAGACUGGCAAUCUGCUAGGGGGAGCCCCGGGGACACCUGGUGCACAGCCGAUGAGGAAGAUAUAGAAGAAGACGAGGAGAAAACAUUCCUAACUUUACUUAGACAGGCUCUAGAGGAGUCCAAAGACAGUGAGAGUGAUGAGCGAGACAGUCUGAGUGAUGAUGAUGAUGACAGCGUCUUUUCUCGUCUGGAGGAGACCAGAAUGCGCCUCGAGGAUGAACUUGGACCAGACGUGUUCAUUAAGGCCUACAAGGCCAUCCAGGCCUUCCAUGAAGACGAGGAUGAGAACAUGGAUGAUGGGCCGAAGGUCGUAGGUCAAAUCCUGGGCAAGGAGAAGGAGUACCUGUAUCCCAAGAUCCUUCAGCUGGUGAUGGCUGAUGGGGCUUAUUGUGAAGACGAAUGAUGUGACUUGGGAAAGUUUUAACCGUUUAAUGAUAACGACUGACACCAAAGGGACCACUUCUUCACAUUCUAAUGUUACAUGCUGCACUCUAGAAAAACAGAUACUAGUAAAUGAAUAUAGAUCUGGCUACAUAUAUAUACAUUAUAUAAUAGAACUGUAUUCAAAGGUUAGUAACAUUGACAGAAGUGAAUAUGAUUUGAUGUGGAAUUGUAUAUUUUUGUGCUGUAAUGAUAAAAGAUGGUAGAUAAGAUGUGGUAUUUUUCAAUUUGACCAAUCGUAGAUAAUAUAGCUUUGCACUGCUGCUGCCUAGUGUUGUCUGUAUUUUCUCUACAAAAACAUUUGAGACAAUUCAAGAAAGCCAUCCUUUAUGUAGGACAGCAAAAGGUGCUGAAUAGAAAACUGUUAUAACGGUAAAAAUUCACCACAAGGCACAAAUAUGCAUGUAUGAAGAAUUUGUACCCAAAGUAAUGUUACGUACAAAGUCUCUGAUUGGCCUUUAAUCUCUUUUAUACCUAUUGCUGGUCAAAAAAUAAUCACUUGGACUCUAUCACUGGAUAAACAAGGUUAGUAAGUACAUGCAGAACCACAGUAAAAUACAGGAUUGAACACUUUGGAAAUUUAGCUUGCUACUGGUAGUUAAUUUUGGCAAAGUGGAAAAUUUGAACUUUGAGCAAUUGUGACCGAAGUUCAUCUAAAUUUCUAAUGAGGUAGUCUUGCUUCUCAGUGAGUCUUACUUCUCAACAGAUAGUUUUUCAGUAAAUACUGGUGUGUGGUAAAGUCAAGACUUCAAUAGAUAUAAAAGGUGUAUGUGUAUGUACAUACUAUUGACCAUGUAUAUGUUUACUAUGCUUGCUGACCACCAUGCACAAAUAGCUAAUUGAUCACAGCAGAGUACCGGUAUUCUGCAAUUCAUUCAACUUUCAAUAGUAAUGUAGCAGAUAGCCUAAUGAUGUAAGUUUACAAAGUCCUGUGUGUAUUUACACAUGUGUGUAGCGCUGCUGCUUAAACAGUAACCUUUUGCCAAGUCGUGCCUGAAUCUGAUAGCUACAUUGUACAUGUGUGUAUUGGACCAAUCAAGUUCCAUGAACCUGCUGCUUAUUACAAGAUGAAAUGCUACAUGUAGUAUUCCUGAUCUAAGGCAAAAAGAUUCUUCUCCAAUUCUUAGUCACUGGUAGUAAGGUUUUGCAUAAUGUUUGAGGCAUUGAUUUUGUAUCUACUUGUGUUAUCUAUACCUUGCCAUUUGCUUCUCUUGUGAAUGAUUUUUGAUCUCGCUUGUGUCUAUAUUUCAAUAUGUGCAUAUGUUGAUAUGUGCAAAUACCCUUGUACGUACUUGUACAAUAUCAUGUGUGUUUAAACUAAGGUGCAUAGCUUGCAAACUGUGUUUGUAUCUUAAACAUUGCUGUGAUUGAAUGGUGACUAGAUAAUAGGUCUUCAGAGAACACAAACGUCUAUAUGUAUGUAUAAUCUAAGAUACAGUAAAUAAGGUGCUUUUUAUACACCAAGGCCACCAUGCUACUAGGUUGAGCCUGGCAGAGUUAGAUCUAUCAACUUGCAUGUGUUUUAAUGUAUUUGUACCAACUGUGGACAUUACUUAUGUAUGUGUGACUGCAAUGACUUACUAGUAUUAAAAGGUUGCAAAUUCAAAAUUAGACACCUUCCAGGUUUAACCAAGCAUGCUUAUGCCUCACUUAGGAGAUAGUUGCACAACCUUUUUUGUCAAUUUGCAUAGAUAUGUCCAAGAUGUACGUCCAAGUUUGUGUUCUUGAAGACUGCUGAGAGAAU